UUGUUUUUAAUGAUAAAAAUCUUAAAAAUUUAUUUUAUAAAAAAUAUAAAUUCCCUUGCGUUUUCAUAAUGCAAAUAAAUUCUAUAGAAACCGCGCAAACAAUUUAAACAAUGAUUUUAAAAAAUAUAUUUAAAGGAUUUAUAAUUUUACAUUUAAUCUCACACGCACUGACUGUUUAUAAAUAUGAAAUUGUAGUCCAAGAUGAGGAAUUGGUUAAGCCUUGUAGUAAUGAAAACACAACUUUUCCCGGCAUAUAUUUUGAUACCAGCAAAUUAAAGUUUGAAAUAUUAGAAGAUGGUUUAUUAAGUUUUUUGGGCACAUUAGAAAUUACUAAUGGAUUUCCAGAAAAUACUAUCUUGGAGGUAAGCCUGGAUUUUUAUAAAAAGCAUCGGGGUCUUUGGGAUUAUAGUAUAUAUAAUUUUCAACGACCUGAUCUUUGCAAAGCAAUGUUUGAUCCCACCGAAUUAUGGUAUAAAUAUACAAGCAGUAUACCUAUCGAACAGCGCAAAUGUCCUUUAUAUAAUGGACAAAAAUUUACAUUUAAUGCCACAUCGGAUACAAUUUUUAAUUUUCCAAGUCCUCGAAUGGCUGGCGAAUAUAUGGGUCAUGUUAUAGGCUCUGCUCAGAAUAUAAACACAACUUUUUGUCUGGACUUUUUUAUAGAUAUUUAUAGGGUUUAAGAGAAAGGAUUUUUAAAAAUAUAAUUUAAACUAAUUAUUGACUAAUAUAUAAUUUGAACAA